AUGCUGGGACAGGAGCGACCUAAAAAGAGGCGCAUCAGGAAUGAGUUUGACCAGGAAAGGGUUGGGGCGAAGGCGACGGCAGCGAGGGAAAAGAAAAAGGAGAUGACGAAGAGGGAGAACAUGGCGAAUGCAUAUGAAAUUGGGAAUUCGAUGGAUGAUGUGAAGGUGGAUGAAAUGGAGAAAGAACCAGAACCCCCGUCAAAGAUACCGAGACUGGAAACUAUCCAAGAAGAGGAGGACGAAUGUCUGGAGCCUGCGCCAAAGAUAGCAAGGCCGGACAAUAUCUUAGAAGAAGCGGAAGACCUGGCAUGGGAAAUGUCCCAAGAUCUCGAAGCAGCCGUCCGCCACAAAUGCCACAAAUCACUAAAGCCGUCUCCUCGACAACAGCAUCACACCGUAACACAUCCUCCCGCGUCUCCCCGCCAUGCCCCACGGAUGAGCACACAAGCUAUCCCCUUUAACUUGGACGACUUCCCCUCGUCCUCUCAACAAGCGUACGGACUCGAAGACGACCUCUUUCUAUCAGCGCCACCUGCUCCCGAGAUUGAUGAAGAGAAAAGCAGCGAGGAGAAGGAAGAAGAAGCCGCAGAGCUUAUGCCUUCAACACCCCAUGACCCAGGACCAGAGUCACCGCCUUCAUCCCCAAGGCGCUUCUUCACACCCACGGGCGACCAUGCACGCAUGGCCCUUGCCCUGCAUCGCAGCCGCCGCACAGCAGCCCUGGAGGAGAUACAGCGACGUUAUCGCCCGCGCAUCAAGGCCGUCACAGAAGAAGCCGCAGCACAACCACCCGAACCAGGCAAAUCCCUACCAAACAUCAACCAACCAAAGUCAUCUCCACCACCAUACCCCUCACUCCAUGACGAAGAAGGCAACUAUUCAUCACCUCCUUCCCAGGAGCCCGCUAUUCCUGAUGCUUCGCAGGACUCGUACGGAGGCGACUGGGUAGAUGAAAUUGCUCUUGAACUGCUGGUUUGA